CCUCUGAUUGGCUGGCUCCAUGGAGGCGCUUCCCGUCUUGUGUGGCGCGGUUCUCUUUCGGGUCGGCUCGAGCCGGGUCUCCGGCGGCGGGUCCUCCUGGCCGAGGAUGGCUGUGUGCUGGGAAGGGGCGACGUGGGUGAGAUAAGAUCUUUUUGGUGUGUUCACUAUGGUCCGUGAACGAAAAUGUAUAUUAUGCCACAUCAUUUACAACUCAAAAAAGGAGAUGGAUGAACACAUGAGAAGUAUGCUUCAUCACAGAGAACUUGAAAAUCUCAAAGGAAGGGACAGCAAUCAUGAGUGCCAGGUGUGUAGGGUGACAGUGGUGGGCUUGUCCGCAUAUGCUAAGCACAUCUCCAGCCAGCUGCACAAAGACAACGUUGAAGCCCAUGAUGCUGAGGAAGGGACAGAAGAGGCCAAUGAAGAAUACUUUGACAAGGAACUCAUCCAGUUAAUCAAACAAAGAAAUGAGCAGAACCGGGCAGAUGAAAUAUGCCAUGGGAAACAUGAAACAGAAAGUGAUGACAAGCAAUUGCAAAGACGACAAAAUGAUAGAACCUCUUAUCAAGAUCAAGAUGUAUAUGAUUCAUCAUCAAGGUAUCAUCAUGAACCAUCACAGAGAGACUGGAAGUGGGGAAAAGACAGCUUCUCAAAUCCAAGACAAGGCAAAUUCACACAUUCUGCAAGAAAAUUUAAUAAUACAAACAGGCAUCUUCCUAGUCAAAGAGGACGACCUGGAUGGCAUACAAACAACACUGGGGGACCUUCCAUUUGGUAUCAUAACUAUGGGAAUUCUGGAGGUGCUUGGCAUAAGAAUUCUGGAAGAGGAACAUCUGGUUGGCAUCAUGGUGGUAGGGGAAGAAAUUCUAACUGGAAUUCUGAAGGAAAUAAUGAUUUUUCUAAUUGGCAGUCCAAAAAUUCAGGAGGAAACUGGAAGCCUGGUCAACAGAGUACAAGUGGAUGGAAUUUUGGAAGAAACAGAGGUGCAAACAAUAACUGCCAGACUGAGACCAUGGAUGCCACCUGGUUAAAAAGCAAGGGCAUGCAAGAUAAAUACAAGGUGGAAAGAUAUGUGUGGCAAUGGCAGGAGAAUGGUUCUGUAGCAUCUUAUACAAGCCUAGCUAAUGAAAAUGAUGACAUGAAUUACUUAUUAGAUUUCACAAGUGAUCAGCUACCUUCAGAUCAAUUAUUAAACUUUGUUUCUGAGCAGCCAGAUAGCAAGACCUCCAAAAUCAAUGGAAAGUGCAGCAGCCCUUCCCGAGAAAAGACAAAUCGCUGGUCCCCAUAUCCUUCUCAGAAAGCUGUAGAACAAAAUCCACUGUCUGAUGAGAAAGAUACUAAAACUUCAGAAAAAACAGGUUUUGCCCAUCUCUCUUCCUCUCAACUGUCUGCAGAAUUGGCAGGUCCUAAAACCAUCAACUCAAAAAAGAAAAAAUGGGAAGAAAGUUACUCAGGUUCUUCAAAUAACAAAAUGGCAGUCAACAAACUUGUGUCCUGCAAGGGGCUGACAGACUACACUGGUGAGAUGAAAUCAGACCAGGUUGAAGGCAAAGGCAAUAGAAUGCCAUCCUUAAAGUCACCACUCCUAGCUAUUUCAGAUAUAAAGUCAUCAUCACAAAAAAGAAGCCCAAAGAAUCUCUUGAAACAAGUCCAGCUUUUGUUAUCCUCACCUUCUGGAGAAUGUCACAGCGAGGUGGACAUGCUAACUUUAGAAGCUAACAGUUCCUCAUCAUCUGGAUGUAAGCUAAGCAAUGACUGUAGUGACUAUAAUAAUUUAAAGAAUAGCAAACAUUUGUUUAACAACAGUGGAAACUUAACUGAAGAAUUAGACAAGACCAAAGCGGAACUACAGUGUAAUCGUUUUCUCCAAAACUCACUCUCAAGCACUUGUAGAGGUACUCAAACUGACAGGAAAGAAGACUGGAGCAUUGGGGAUCCUGAACAUGGUUUAAAGAUGAAUGGGUCCCAUAUAGAAGCAGUGGAGAAUGAGAGCCGCAAAGAUGUAACAGGAAACAAAAAUACUUCUUCAAAUGCUUGUUCAUCUUGUGCAUGGGCUGAUUCAGACCAUACUGCAGCCCAAAAAAGUAACUAUGUAAGAGAAUUGGGGGAUGCUGAUAAAAAAUCUGCUAAAUUCCAAAUGAAUCCUCUUAAUUUGCAGUCCAGUGGUCAACACAACUUAGAUAUUGACUUGAAAGCAUCACUGGAAGAAGACAGUAAUGAAGAUACUAUUAAAUCAAAUGAUGCUUUUAUAGAUGAAGGCUAUGAUGGUCAUUCAAAUCAAGAACUGCAGAAAGAUACAGCAGGGCAGCCCUCAGGUCCUCUGCUUCCUGAACUGAGUAAACUUGGCUUCCCAGCUUCUCUCCAAAGGGACCUAACAUGGCGCACCAAUUUGAAGAGCAAAACCGGCUCACAUCUACCAGAGCCCAACCUCAACAGUGCAAGACGCAUUCGAAAUGUUAGUGGCCACAAAAAAAGUGAAACUGAAAAGGAAUCGGGGCUCAAGCCUACCUUGCGGCAGAUUAUUAGUGUGUCUCGUAGAAAUGUAAACUGGGAACAAGUCAUUCAGCAGGUGACAAAGAAGAAACAAGAACUUGGCAAAGGUUUACCAAGGUUUGGUAUAGAGAUGGUUCCCCUCAUCCAGAAUGAACAGGAAGGUCUUGACUUGGAUGAGGAAGCUGACCUGGCUAGUCUGGAAGGAUUCCACUGGGAAGGGAUAUCCAUAGGCUCCCCUGGGACUGUGAGGAAACGUAGCCUCUCUGAAAGCAGCGUGGCUAUAGAUAAGACAGCCUCUGUUUACAGUUUCUUUAGCAACCAAAGCAUGACCAAAGAAAAUGAAGAAAUCAGUUCAGUUGCCAACACUGAGAACAUAAGUUCUAGAUCCCAGAUGCCUGAAGACUCUGUGACCAGUGUGAAACAGGAGUCCACUUCUCUUCCUUCCUCACCAUUCAUGUCUGAUAGGACUGAUUUAGGAAGAAGGCUCAGCCUACAGACUCCUCCUGAUGUCAACAGACUCUCAGUAUUUAGUGCAGGGGAAGCCCAGCGAGGCCCUGAUUACAGUACUCAAUCACUUGAAAGCCAAGAUAUGCUGGAGAAUCCUGAUGAGCGAUACUACAUGGGUUCAGCCUUUACUGCCUGCAAUACUCUAGAUGCAGCUACAGACAGCAGCUAUACAUCAGGCAAUGAGCAGAAUGAUAGCCAGGGAACUGGCAAAAAGAGAAGAGCAACUGGAGAGGGAUCCUCGCCUGAGAUUCCUAGUCUGGAAAGAAAGAAUAAACGAAGGAAGAUUAAAGGCAAAAAAGAGCGUUCUCAAGUGGAUCACUUACUAUCUAUUUCCCUGAGGGAAGAAGAGCUGAACAAAUCCUUGCAGUGUGUGGAUGGAAGCCUCCUGCAGGCUCGAGCGGCUCUUCAAGCAGCUUAUAUUGAAGUCCAGCGACUGAUUGUACUGAAACAGCAGAUAUCAGUGGAAAUGGGAACUUUGAGGAGCCAGAGAAUUCAGAUCCUGCAAGGGCUACAAGAAAGCUUUGACCCUUCUGAGCACUCGCAGCAGUUUGAAUCCAGUGGCUCAACUGAAAAAAGAGCAGGCAAGCUCCAGCCAACACAGGAUCUUACUGUGAAUUCAGGUCUUGUUAUUCCUCUUUUGGAAUCUGCUUCCCAUCUCUCUGCCCAGAUCCCCCCUGCUCCUUUGGCAGCCACCAUCCAUAUAAAUGGUUCACCUACAUUCCAAACCACCACCAGCCUUGGAGCCAUCACAGUCCCUGAUUCAUCUCUUCAGAUCAAGCAAGAACCUGCCUCUCCAAAGACUGUGGAAGAGAACAUAAGUGUUCCUGAACAAAGCUCUCUGUGUUCCUCACAAGCAACGCUUCAAUUUCAGGAGGGGAAUACAAGUCAACAGUCUUCACUGUACCCAGUUAUCACUGCUGCCAUGUCCUUGUCAGGACUCUUUGAUUUCCAAGAACCUAAUCAAGAUAUGCAGAAACCUGCUUCAGAUAAGGGGAGGACCAGAUUAUCUGAUCCCUCUUCCCUUAGCUAUUCACCAUUGCUAUUAACAGUGCAUACAAAAGAGAGAGGCCCAGGGGACAGUGCUGUUUCAGAGCAAUGCAGCACUUCCCUUCAAAGCCAAACCUUUCCUACCAAUCCAUCUGUGAAAGAAGAUCCCAAAAUUGAACAGUCUGAACAGAUGGCUGUUUCUACUCUGGUAUCCUUCGAAAGUAAAAUAAGUAAGAAGAAGAAAAGACUGAAAAAGAAGAAGGCACUGCGAGCAGCGACCCGUGUACCUGAGAACAGUGAUACGGAACAAGAUGUAAGUGACUCAAAACCUUUCAGGAAAGUCAAGACAAUCAAGGUGCCCAAAGGUGAAAAGGUGACAACAUCCACUCCUCCAAAACAAGAGGAUGCUGCUGAGGAAGGAAAGAAAAAAGAUGAGAAUGAGAGUGACACAUCUCUGGAAUUUGUAGAGGUUCCCAAAUCUCCCCUUGAAGUGGUAACCAUUGCCUCAUCAGAAUCAGGAGAUGAGAAACCAGACAGCCCUUCCAAGAGGAAUGCCUUGAGUUCCUCAGAACAACUUUUGAAAGAACCAUCUCGAUCAGGCUAUGAUGAAGUGAGCUCUACUAGUGAAAUUGGAACAGACUAUAGGGAUUGUAUAGCUAGAAGUGUAGCUGAGACUCAAACUUCUGUAUCAUCAAUAAGAGGAUCAAAAAACUCAUCAGAAGUCUCUUCAGAGCCGGGGGACGAUGAAGAACCUACUGAAGGGGUUUUUGAGGGCCAUUCGGCUUCAGUAAAUGCUAUGCAAAUCUUUGGGAAUUUGCUGUACACCUGCUCAGCAGACAAAACCAUCCGUGCAUUUAAUUUAGUGAACAGGAAGUGUGUUGGUGUCUUUGAAGGGCAUACCUCAAAGGUGAACUGUCUUCUGGUGACUCAGACAACAGGGAAGAAUGCAGCACUCUAUUCAGGCUCCAGUGACCAGAGUAUACAUUGUUACAACAUUAAGACUAGAGAAUGUGUGGAUCAGUUUAAAUUGGAUGACCGUGUGCUCUGUCUGCAUACUAGAUGGAGAAUCCUUUAUGUCGGGCUUGCAAAUGGCAAUGUGGUUACUUUCAAUAUAAAGAACAACAAGCAACUUGAUGUCUUUGAAUGCCAUGGUCCUCGUGCAAUCAGCUGUCUUGCCACAGCCCAAGAAGGGGCACGAAGGUUGCUGAUAGUAGGAUCCUAUGAUUCUACAAUCAGUGUACGAGAUGCCCGGAAUGGACUCCUGCUUCGGACCCUUGAAGGUCACAGCAAGACUGUACUCUGUAUGAAGGUUGUGAAUGAUCUGGUGUUCAGUGGUUCCAGUGACCAGUCUGUCCAUGCCCACAACAUUCAUACAGGGGAGUUGGUGCGGAUCUACAAAGGGCACAACCAUGCAGUAACAGUUGUGAACAUCCUGGGAAAGGUGAUGGUAACAGCUUGCUUGGACAAAUGUGUUCGUGUUUAUGAACUGCAGUCCCAUGAUCGUUUGCAAGUCUACGGAGGACAUUCGGAUAUGAUUAUGUGCAUGACCAUUCAUAAGAGCAUGAUCUACACUGGUUGUUAUGAUGGUAGCAUCCAAGCUGUGCGGCUGAACUUGAUGCAGAAUUAUCGUUGCUGGUGGCAUGGAUGUUCACUCAUAUUUGGAGUUGUGGACCACCUCAAACAGCAUUUGUUAAAUGAUCAUACCAACCCAAAUUUUCAAACACUGAAGUGCCGCUGGAAGAACUGUGAUGCUUUCUUCACCUCCAGGAAAAGUUCCAAGCAGGAUGCAGUGGGACAUAUUGAAAAACAUGCAGAAGAUGAUAGCAAGAUUGACUCAUGAAGUUUUUUUGCCUCCCACAUUGGGAAGUCCUUUUUAUAUACUGGAAGUUUUCCAUGCCUCGUCCACCUCUAGUCCUCUCCUUUUUUCUUCUUUAGUUCAUAUUUGGAGUAGGAAAAGGACAUGGGCUUUUUCCACCAUUUUUCUUUUUCACUACAGAGACAGCAUCUGGCUUGCAGCUCUGUAGAUAAGGAAAUGACUGACAGACUUAGACCAAACAAAACUAUGUUGAAUUCAUUAACAGAAGCAACAACAACAGAACCAUUCAUUUUGUCUUCCCUUUCAAAGAGGUGCAUUGCACAUGUAUAAAAUUUGUUAUUCAGAGGAAUGUUUAGAACUCACACUGGGUGCCUGUUGUGUUAACCUUUCUGUUUUAUGUUGUAUGCCAGAUCCUCCCAGAUAAUUUAUAGUUUGGGAUGUAGACAAUAAUGAUGAUGAUAAUAAAACACAGACUAGAAAAUACCACUUAAGCAUUUUGCUCUGCAUUUCCUUCCAUUACACCUUAGUAUCUUUCUUUUGAUGUGAGGUCUUAACGUGAAAGCUUUCCUUUUAAAUCUUCAAUUUAUAUUGUAAUUUAACCUACCAGCAAAACUCUAAAUGCUAAGGCAAAAACCAGCUGUUAAUCCCAACUAGGGUAAACCCAUUGAUUAAGUGGGGCUUUAUAAGUAUUGACUUACUCAGCAGUUUAUUCAGUGAGUUCAGAUUCACUACAACUGGGAAUACUAGCAACUGGGUAGUAUAUGCCAAGGUCUGCAGAGUUAGUCACUACACUACUUUCUGUACAUUUUAAUCACCCAGCAGGCUAAAUGAUUGAUAGCAUCAUCUAAGCAGCCUGUUCCUUAAAACACAUUUACUGUAAAUUGUUCACUUUUAAUUAUUGUGAACUUUGGUGCAAAGGCUAGUGCAGAUAACAAUUUCAGCUUUUAAGCUUUUGUAUCUGUACACUUAUAUUCAGUGCUGUCUUGCCACAAAAAUAGGCCUGUGUCCCUGAUUCUGAACGUUUAUGAUCUAUUGUGGCAUUUAAUUUGCUGAGCUUUGGAGUCCUGCAUUGAAUCUGAACAUGUUAAUUUCUGUCCAGUUGACACGAGACCACCCUGUGUUUUUAAAGCAGUUUCUGGUUGGUCCUCUUGUCCCAAUAUAACCUCGUUUCAUUUUUGCUGAAUACCUUAAAAUUUCUGUAAUUGAAUGUUACUGUGCAAAACACAGUAUGUAAAACACGAACUUUUAAAAUUGAAGGAGCCCAAGCAGAAGCUGGGAGUAUCAUGGGCAUGUGUUGUGCCACAAUUUACUAUAAUGAAGUAGAAGUAGCAGUCUGAGAAACUAAUAGAGCUGGAAGACAAUAAUUACAGUGCAAAGAAUUCAAAUGUGUGUGGGAACAUCAGCACUAUUUGCUUGGGUGGGUGCAGAAGUUCCCACUACUCAAGUUUGUACAAGUGGUUUGUUCUUUAGUUCUAAGCCAUUAUUCUUGUUAUUACUGACUUCAGUCUUUAUUAUUAUUACAAAAGGGAACUGAGAAUCUCUCUAACAGUCUUGAAUACCUACCUAUGUAGGCUUUGACUUGUUUCAUUUUGUUUCUGAUGAUGUCUAAAAUAUUAAAAGAGCAAAGAGUGUUGUAAUCAACAUUUGACAACUUGAGAUGAUGCACACACAGGAGGUUAUCAACAGCUAGCUGUAAGAGUUAGAACAGACUUAUAUCUGGAAGUUGCUUUUCAGCUCACCUUGAAAGCUUGCCAGAGAACUUGGGAAAUGCUAUAGAAUUUGUCCAAUCUUCAAUAUAUUCAUUGCAUUUUAAAAUGCUUUGAAAAAGCAACAUGUUUCUUUAUAUCAGUGGUUUUUAAACUUUGGCCCUCCAGAUGUUUUGGACCUCAACUCUUGGCACCUCUGGUUAUUGAUAAUGAGUGGAGCUUUCGAGCGUUGUCAGAAACAUCUGGAGAGAAAACAGUCUACAACAACCACUCUAAAUAAAAUAUUCCCUUUUCACUCUUUCCCCAUGACUAGAAAAUCGUCUGCUGGGGGAAGGAGACUUUCCAGAGAGAAGCAGCAACCUCCAUCAGGAACUCUUUUAUUUUGCAGUUUAUCUGUAGAAGAUUUCUGAGGAGUAUUAGUCUUUUGUUUUGUUGAUGCAUUGGAUUGCUGUUCUCACAGUGGUACAAGCUAAGGGAAUUGUAACGAGAUCAUUUUGGGGGAACUUUUACUACUUUACCAAGCAGUUCUAGUGUUCAACCCAUAGAAGUGGUAUGGUGUUUUUUUUUUUAAUGGAUUGAUUUUGAGAUCAUCCUAAGCUAAACAUGAUUGAAAUGAAGGUACAGGAUAAGUGUGUUUGUAAGAAAAAUAUGUGGCAUGCUGUGUUUGUGUAUUCUUGAAGAUAAGUGAGUGAAUGGAUUUUAAUUUUGCAUCUUCUUCAAUGAUUUUCUUCAAAGUUUUACUAGAAGAGGAUAGUGACUUUGCGAAAAUGUAAUGAUAUUUUUUUCAUUAGAGCAGUAGCUGUAAGUGUUACAUAACUUACACUACAUUUUUUCUAAGCUGUUAUAAUAGGUUGUUUGUGUAUAUGUGUGUUAAAGAUGGUUGAGAAAAUACCUUUUCCUUGCAUCCAUUUUGGGAUGUCUUAGAUAAUUUGUCUUCAAACUGAUUUAGCAAUAGUGUGGUUGUGUCUUACCAAAGUUUGGUUCUGAUGUUGGCCUUUAUCUGAGACUUUGAGAAGAACUCUUCUAAACCAUGUCACAUAUGCAUAAAUUAGCAUCACUACUUAGCUGCAGAAGUUCUCAGCACUUCAGUAUAUUCCAAUGAAACAUCUAUUAGAGUGUCACAGUUCUUUCAGGUUAUAGAAGUUCUUCUGUUAUAUAUCAGGGAUUUUGUUUGUAUUGUUUUUGGUUUGAGGUUGUGCUUUCUAUACUUCUGCCUCUUUAUUGGCAAAUGUUAUGUUCUUGUAGGCUCUGCCAGAAACUGUGGCGGCAAUACAAAGGACAUUCUCAUUGUCAAAUUGUGAGAUGUAGACUGUCAAGUUCAUACAGUUUCCAAGUUUCUGGCAUCUUUGUACAAAUAAGUUGAAAUAAUCUUUAGAAAGUUUUUGCCUUUGAAGGUAGGGAGAUAGAAAUGAUGUGGCUAGAGGGAAUUGUGGAGUGUGUUUUUGAACUGUGUGGGAAGUGUAAAGUUUUGUGUUGGCUAAUGUCUGAGUAAGCUAUUGUUGGCUGUAUAUGGAGUGAAUUUGGACUGCAUGCCAACACACUUCCCCAACACAAUAGGCAUUUAUUUUAUGCCAUUUAUCUUAUUUAGUGAAUGUAAGGAUUUGGUGUGUGUUAAGAGCUGUGCAGGAAUGGUCUGUGUAUCAAAUAUCAGGGAGCUGCUCUGUUGUUCAGCUGUUUGAAUCUUUUUUUACAACUGAAUCUCAGUGUCCCAGCUUCUGUUUGCCCCUUGAGACAAAUGCUUAGGCAUCAAUAAUCAAGACUCCAAAGCUACAGUCCACACUCUAGCUGGCGAUGGUGAUCAAACCUCCAUCUUGAUGGCUCCGGCUUGCAUUUUAAUUGUCAGCUAGAAUGUAAACUCUGUUUUGGCGGUAUGGCUGAUUAAAAAAAAAUCUGGAUUCAUAUUUGAGAACUCAUACAUUCAGUGGCAUUUAGUUGUUGUUGUUUUUUAAUGUAAAAGCAAUAUACAUCCAAUAUCUUUCUUGCUCUAAAUGUUGGUUUUCCUAGAUCUCUAGGGUCCUGGCAGUUUGGCUUUAUAUGAAGGACAAAAUAUGCAGUCUUCAUGUACAAUAUCAUAACAUGAACACAACCAGAAAGGUUCAAAUUGUACACCAAUUAAAACAAGGAACAGAUUGAUGUGAUUGUAAAAAUACUAGAUGGGAGAAACCACAUAAGUAAUAAACCUCUUAACAGCUUUAUUGGCAGCUUUCAUCACCUUAUUUAGUUUCUGUGGGAUAACUUGUGUGACUUUUCUCAUGAGUAAAGAUGUGUGGGCUGAUAUGCAAAGAAUGACUUGGUCUUUCCUUUCCUUUCUACUACAAAGCUGUGAACUAAAUAAAGAAAAAGAAAAAAAUAAAAAUAAAAUAAAUCUACUUUAUAACAAGAGAA